CUCGGACUAUUUUCUUCCCGCCCGCGCCGCGUCGUUGUGUCGUUGAGUUGAUGUUGUGUUGUCAAUCAAACAAAAAUAUUUUCUAUGUGCUAUUAUUAAGUUUAGAGUUUUAUAACAACUAUGAAUUAUAUUUUAAACAAUAAUAAUCGUAAUCUACUUGUUUUGAACCCGAUUAUGUUGAAAUUUUAAGUGUUAAAAUUGGUGGCAAAAGUGUUUCGUGAGAAAACGCAAAGUGGAUUGUUUUGUUCUGAUAUUCUGGAGAAGGGUACACAAAUCAGCCAAAUGCUGCCUUCUAUGCCAAUAUUAUUUACUAGGGAGAGCCAAGAUGCAUUUGGAAACAAAAUAGUGCCCAGCACAAGUUAUUUAAACCAAAAUAUUCAAACAAACACUAUCCUUCAAUCAGAGGCUCCUCAAUCGACGACCGAGAAUAAAUCGCAGAACGAAAAACAAAAUGAGGCAAAUAAUAAAACGAAUAUUCAUAAAAAAGAAGAGUUAACAGAUUCUAAAAGUGAUGAGAGUUCUAAGGAAACAGCAUUAGUUAGAGCUUACUACACAAAGAUACAGUCAAGAUUUGCGUCACACUUAACAGCUCCAACUAAUAAGUUUGUACAAUUCAGAGAUAUUUUGAGAACUUUUGAUCCAUCAAAGGAAACACCGGUAGAUUUGUAUAAGAAAAUUGAGCAACUAUUCAGUGACAAACAUAGCGAUAUUGUGGAAGAAUUCCUCUUGUUUUUGAAACCAUGUCAAGCAGCAUCCGUUGGUAGAUUUAUGGACCACUUUAUGCUGUCACAGAUGACAGUUUUUAUAGAAUUGUUACAAUCAACCUUGAGUCGCAAACCAACAGUACUCAGGAAAAUAAUUCGCGCGAUAACCACUGGCAUCAACAGUGGAAACAGUGCAGACAUGAAGGCAAGGGUUCUACCGCAUCUCAGGUCGAACCCGCGCCUCGUACAAAUGUUCAAGACCUUAUUUCCUGAUGAGCGACCACCAGACAGUGUAUAUGAGACAUGCUCAGAUGUGCUUGAAGACAGUUUUCUGGAAUGUGAUAAGGGUUACGAUGUGUGGGAAUUUGAAGAUAAGGACGAUGCAAAGAAGGCGGAUGCUAAAGUUCUAGACUCUGAGUAUUUACAUGGUAGAGUCUUUCUCCAACACGGCAGACUCUUACGUACGGCUUGUGUCACAUAUCCAUAUAGUAAGGAGCCUUACAGAUCUCAUGCGAGGAGACUUGCUCCAAAUCAUUGCCUAUCCCCUCCUGAAUCAGACUCGGAACGCGCGUCGCCCAAAAGAAACAACAAAAGUACGAGUAAAAUACCACAGAAGAGAACCAGGAAACAACUCAAAUCACCCACAAAAAAUGUCAAAGACGUAAACGAUAACAAUAAAAAAGAAUGUAUUACAAUCCCAUUAAAUAAUGCUAAAGUUAAAACAAAGUAUCAGAAAAGCAAGCAAAACAAAAAAGAAGAAGUAACUCAUAAGAAAAAAGAAAGCCUAAACAAAAAUGCAUGUGCUAAAAAAGAUUGUCAACUGAAAGUUAAGCAAAACAAAGACGAUAUUAAUGAAUUGAAACUUAAGCAACUCAAACAAGUUACAAAAGUUGAAAAUAGAAGUUGGACAAGGGAUGAAGAUAAAACUAUGUUAGAAGUUUUAAAAGGGGAACCAGGUUCUGAACAAGUUCUUAUUAGGACAAGGGAGUUGUUGCCACACCGGACACCAACGGAAAUCAAAGAGAGAUUUCGCCUUGUCAUGAAUCUUUUACAACAAAUGGCAGUCAAUGAAAUUACUUGAAAUGCAAUUAUUUUAUGAAAUUAAUUAGGUUAAAUGAAUCUAACGCAGUUAUACAAAGUGGUAUUUAUAAUUUUAUAUAAAUUAAAGACAUAUUUUUAUCUA